CGUCAAGGGGGAAGGGCACGGGCCGUCCCGGCGUAUAUAUAGCCCUGCACCCCUGUCCAUUCAUAACGCAACUCUGGAUCUACAAGCCUACGCAGAGAAGCUCCUUCAUCGGAGUCUUCGGACAGCUGAACACAAGCAGAACGGAUUUUACCACAUCUGCCGGUUACUCGUAAAAAAAGAGACUCUGACGAAGCAACUUGAAGUUUCACAAACAAUGAAAAUGUCGGCGGAGGAGAUUUCCCAGAUCCUGAAAGAGGGAGAGCUGGAGAAGAGGAGCGACAACCUUCUCCAGUUCUGGAAAAGGAAAACUUGCGUGCUGACUACGGACAGCCUGAACAUCUACGCCGACACGCAGAAGCGCUCCAAGAGCAAAGAGAUGAAACUUCAGUCCAUCAAGAAGGUGGACUGUGUGGAGCGCACCGGGAAGUUUGUCUACUUCACCAUCGUUACUAUGGACAAUAAGGAAAUCGAUUUCAGAUGUUCCGCGGAGGACAACUGCUGGAACGCCGUGAUCACCAUGGCGUUGAUAGAUUUCCAAAACAAAAAGGCUAUCCAGGACUUUAAAACGCGACAGGACAACGAGAGCGCCUCGCCUGGGCAGCAGGCCAUUCUCUUCUUGUUCAGUGUCAUUAUGGAACAUGAAGACAGAAUCGGACCAAAAGGAGACAUCUUCCGGUCCCAUCCGGUCCAGGGAUGAAGGAUUACUCGGGACGGGUCUCUCGGAAGCCGUACAAAGGCAGAAGGUUGACCCCGACAAAGAGACAGAGAAUUUCAAACGCAAGACUGAACUCUCAUUGUGAAAAACAUUUUCUUUUUCUCAAACUUUUCUAGGAUAAGUGAUUCCGAGAAGAAGUUCAAACCUAUGUUUUUGUUGUAAUUUAUUGUUUCAAGGAUGUGGUGUUCAUGGAACAGUGGCUUGUGUUCUUUAAAUUAUUACUGUUUCAGUGUCCGUCAUGUGUCUAGUCUAUUUAUUGAAAUAAAUAUUCACUUUUGCCAUAAAAAACCUUCCUU